AACAUUCCUAAUUCUUUAGCAAAUUACAAAUAUUAAAAAAAUAAAUUGGAUGGUGUUGAUGACUUAAUGUUGGUGAAAUUCAAUUCACUGUGACAAUGAUGAAAAGCAGAACGAUGCCGAGAAAUCCAGUCAAAUCUGGAAUACGACCUCUUUCUGAAAUAUGUUCGGAUUGUGGAGCUCCAGAUGCUAACUGGGCAUCAGUGAAUCGUGGUGUUUUGAUGUGCAAUGAUUGCGCAAGUGUGCACAUGACUCUUGGACGACAUAUUUCCCAAGUGAAGCAUCUGCAUAAAUGCACCUGGCACCCAAAUAUGCUCAGCAUGGUGCAACAUCUAGUGUCUGCGGGUGCAAAUUCUAUUUGGGAACACUCGCUGUUAGAUCCUGCUCAAAUGCGUAGUGGAAAAAGAAAACCUAAUCCUAAUGACAAUAUUCACCCAACAAAAUCCGAUUUUAUCAAAUCCAAGUAUUUGAAUUUGUCUUACGUUCAUCGCUUACCACUCAGAGAAGAUGAACAUCAUGAUAUUAGCAAACAGCUUCAUUCAAGCGUGAGAACUGGUAACUUGGAAACAUGUUUACGACUUUUAUCUCGUGGCGCUCAAGCAAAUUUUUUUAGUCCAGAAAGAGGAAAUGCACCGCUUCAUGUGGCAUCAAAAGUUGGGCAAAGCUUGCAAGUUGAAUUGCUUGUUGCUUAUGGAGCGGAUCCUGCUAUACGAGAUUCAAAUGGUAAAACACCUGAAGACAUAGCCAGAGCUGAGAAUCAUAAUGAUUUAGCCGAUCGACUAGUUGAACUUCAACAUGAACUAUCUGAUAGAUUCACUGAGUUCGUUUGCAGUCAAACUCCAGAUCAUAAGGCUGGAAAGCAUUAUCUUUUACCUAAGAUAAAGGAUGCUUGUGUGAUAAGCCCAGAGGGUAAGCGGCGUCUUCGAGCUCUGAACAACCAAACAUUCGGGGAAUUAGCUAUGGAUGUUUAUGAUGAAGUCGAUCGUCGCGAAUUGGAACGAGUUUGGCAAGAGAUACAGAAGGGAAUUUUAUUUCCUGGGAAAGGUACAAACCCAGCAUUACAAACCGAGGUUGUUCCGUUUCUUCCAGUUCAUCCAGAUUAUUCAACGACUCGUAAUCAGGGUCGCCAAAAGCUUGCAAUUUUCAAAGAAGCUGAAAUGAAUAAUUUAAUCUGUGAUAUUCUACAUGAAGUCACUCGAAGACAGAAAAUUUUUGAUCCUAUUCCUCCAGAAGAAGACCCGAUUUAUGACAUUCCACCUGAUGAAGAAUUGAAUUACUUUGCAAUCGAGAAAUCUAUUGAGCCACCUAAAGAAACUGUACCAAAGGAAGAGUUUCUCUCAAUAAAAGCAAAAUUAGAGGAGAAAAAUGCUGAAUGUUUGAGACUCACUGAGCAAAAUCGUGAGUUGUCUACAAAAGUCACAGCACUGGCAAAACAGAAGAUUGAUUUAACUAGAAAAAUUCAAACGUUGCUUUCUAAUGUUCCACAGCUAACCCAAUCUGCCAAGAGCACGCCCCAAGCAGCGCACCAAAGUGAUUUUACAGCACUGCCUCGAAUCGGACUUCAGAGUCCUACUGCUAGACCAAGUUCUGUAUAUAAUCCGAAUGACUCAUCAGGGAGUACAUCUUCAUUGCACUCGACUGAGAGUUCAGAGUUACGGCGUCGUACAAUUCAUGUUGAUCAUCAAGGUGCCACUGGUGAGGACCUUCAACAAUCAGCAAGUCCAUUAGUUACCAAGCAUGAUGCUGUUGCUGCGGCUGAUAGCCCAUCACAUUGCAGUAAUGGGAGUGAAUACGAUAAUAACUCCGUUGCAAAAGACGAAGCCAAGUCGGAAACUACAGCAACGUCUGAAUCGAAAACUACUGGCAAAGAUGCAGAACCUCAGCAAACCAAUUUAAAUGCAAAUAAUAAUCUUCCGCAACCAACAGCUCCUCUAGCACAGCCUGAGCCUGAUUUAGUCUCUGAGGACACAGCUAAAGCCUCAGAGCCUCAUGAAGAAGCGCAAGAAAAAACUACCCAGAGUAAUUCAAGUAGUCCGCAUUCACAAGUGGAUGCAGAGGAGCCAAUUAUUUGGCCGGAGCGUCAAGCGUUGAUGAAAAAAACAGAAUUACUUACUCGAAUGAUACAAACCUUGCUCCAAACAGCUCAAUUGAAGAAAGUUGAUUCCUAUUUAGAAUGUGCAGAGAAUAUUCUAUCUGCAGUUUCAGAAGUUAUUGCUCUAUUCGACAAACCUCACCUGCCAGCAAUAAAAUCAGUCUUAUCAUUGAUAUGUGAAAGUGCUCACAAGCUCAGAAAUCGUUGCAAAGACACACCACCGGAGCAUAAAAGUAAAGCCGAUAGUCACAAGCAUUUGACGGAGGAGAUUAUUGCUUAUGCUUAUGAAGUUGCUAAAGCCGAAAAGCAACUUGUUAUGAUGGCACCUAAGGAGGAAACCGAGCCUUCAACCUCGAGAGCUGAGGCUUGAUCAUAAGGUUUAUGACUGUUGAACAGUAAUCAUGGGAAUUUGUGUUUUUGCCAUUAUUUCUACAAUUAUUAAUCAUGAUAGAAAAGAUGAAAUGCUUGCAAGUUGCAGUAGAUAAAAACUUUUAAAUUUCUAUCAUGAACAUGAUUGAACAGUUUUUUUGUUUUGUUUUAAUGCCAUUUCUGUUUCAAUGCUUCAUAAAGAAUGGACAGUUUCUCUAUUCAAUGGUCUGCAAGACGGCCAUGUUAACUCACAAGGCGAUAAGAUAACAAUUUUAUAUAUUCGAAAAUGUACUCAAGACUCAAAUUAAACGUAUCUUCAAACUGUUAAAAUAUGUUGGUUGAUUAUUAUUUAACUGGGGGGUAGUCUGUAACUUCUAGGCCGAAUAUCAAAAGUUGCCAUAGGUCUGAGAAGUUUGGGAACAAUUGGUUGAGAAAUUGAAUUUAUUUUUAAUAGAAAACAGUGAUUCUAAUUAGUUUUCAAUUUUUGUUAAAUAAAUAUAGAAACAGAAUUAUUGUACUCGAUAGCUGAAUCAUUUGAGAAAAAGAUUAAUUCAAGGUUUAAUCAAGUCGCUGUUGUUAUUUUAUUUAUUUUUUGUCUUUUUUCAAGUCGACAUCUAUUAUCUUUACACUUAUCAUCACAUUUAAAUCAUCACCAAUCCUUGUCAAUGUCAUUUAAUCUGUUCUUAUUUAUUCGUUUACAAUUUAUAUUGUAUUAUAAUUUCUUAGGUUAACUUUACCAUUUUGUUGACUGCUUCUUGCUAGUUAUUGCAUUGAAAUCAAACACUCUCCUAAUUGUUGUAAAUCUAGUAAAAAGUCUUGUAUGAUUCUUUAUUGGCUGAUAUUGGCAAAACUUAUUGAAAAAAAAUAAAAUAUUAGCUGGUACUAUUAUUCAUUCAAUAAAAAUGUCAUAUGUCUAACACAAAAUUAGAUAUGGAUUUCAAAACAAUGAUUUGAAAAAUUUUAUAUUUAAAACCUGCUUCUCUUUGUGCAUUGAACUCACGAUUUAUUGUAAUGAUAACUUAGCCGUAAUUAAGAGUUAUCAUUAUCUAAAAAAGUUUCAAUGGAAAAUCCCAUAACAUCAAACUUAUUUGAACAUUACUUGUUGAGUCUCUUUGUUGAGUUUCAAAAAAAAAAAAUAAAGUGAAGAGGAAUUGAAAUUAGUGCUUUGUUUUAUGCAUUGAAUAAUUAUAGGAACUUUUUUUUAAUUUUUAUCCUUAAAAGUUCGAUCUGAUAGUGAUGAUCACUGGACUGAAUUUAAAGCAAUAAAUCUCAGUAUUCAAAUGAUUUUUUAUGGUGAAUUCUAUGAGUAUCAAACUUGAUUCAUUUUGUGUUUCUGAAGUUAUAUUAUUUGGUAAUUUUGGAUGGUCAUUUGCUGAAAAUGGACUAAAUUUAGCGAUAUCAGCAUGCAAUAAAUCUUAAUGAAGAAUUCCAGAAUACCAAACUUUAUAUUUACACAUUAGUAAUCGAGACUCCUACUUUUUUUUAAGUUAAGUAACAACACUAUCUUCUUUAUUGACUUAUUAUUUGUGUUUUACUGUUAGUUUCUUUGUAGGGAACUUCAGUUUGAUUCUGAAAAAAAUUUUUCGCGUAAAUUUUAUCAAAUAUAUAUCUUGUAUGUCAUUCGCUAUUAGAAUAUUACAUUUCAUUACAAUUGAUUUCAUGGAGAAACUGUCAUUUUAUAAAGAUAAAUUGCUCAAAUCCAGGUUAAACACAAUCACUAAGAAAUUAUGGGAGACUCUUUGAGCAUACUUAUGUGCACCCACUGAAAUUCUUACGAGCUACUAAAACUACAUAGCGUUAUGGUUGUGUAUUACAUGCCAGUAAAUUCUGAUUGGUGUGAGUAUUGAACCAUUUCAAGUUAAAUUAACAUUUUAACAGUUUUUCACAUCAAGACUCAGAAUGUUUACACCUGUCCAACAUAGAUUAUGGAAUUAUCAUAAGAAGGGUUCAUAGUUCAAUCGACUUCCUUUUUAACUUAGUAACAAGACUGCCUAAAUCCACCAUAUUUAUUGGAGUUAUGUUGAACUACUUUACAGCCUGCAGGUUGAAGCCGUCUGCUUGUUGACAGAUUUUUGUUUUGUUAGAAAAUUGGAUAUUGCCAAUUCAUGCUUAAUGUGGUGCUUAAUAAUUGUAUAUUUAGUUACAUUAUAAUAUUAAGCAGUGUGAUCUAUGUGUUGUUCCUAUUAAUUUUCACUUGUUAUGUUAUUAAUAUAUAUCGAAAUACAUCUUCUUGCAUAUGUGCAUUA